GAUGGCCUCAAGCAAUCAGACUCCCACGCCGCCCAAGCCUCGCUCGCCGGUCAUGGAUUCCAGGCUGCUAGCAGUAGCUUGCUCUGGUUCAUGGAAGAAGCUGCAAUCAUUUCUCAGUGGGGAAGACCGUCAAACCUCCGGCGACGGGGCUAUCCGAAGCUCUGCUAUGCAGCCAGCUUUUGGUGACGAAGAAGCACUUCUCAGGGAGUCUUUCCUGGAUGCGGUCACCAUGGACGGUGACACUUUUCUCCAUGUGAUGGCCACCAACAGUGAUGGUGAGAACUUGGAGGAAGAUGGCCCCAUACGCAGGAAGGCAGUAAGCCUCCUCUUCAUGCAAAACAUCCAUGGAGAUACGCCCCUGCACUAUGCUGCACGGGCGGCGAAAAUCAAUAUGGUAUCUUUUCUCAUUGAUCUUGCUGGAGGCAAGGAUCAAAAUGCUGACAGAGUGAAGGCGCUGCUAGAAAUGGACAACAAGAGUAAAUGGACAGUCUUGCAUGAGGCGGUCCGCAGUGGGAAAAAUGAUAUAGUCGAAUUGCUCAUGAAGGAGGAUCCAGAAUUGGCAAGUCUUCCGAAAGCUGGUACUUCUCCGCUGUACCUAGCCAUCUUACUGGAAAACAGAAUCAUCGCCAAAACACUCUACAAGUUGAGCCACGGGAAAAGCGGCAGUAAUGACGAGAACCUUUCAUACUCUGGACCAAGUGGACAAAAUGCAUUGCAUGCUGCUGUUCUCCGAGGCAAAGGUACUCAUGCUCACUUUGCAAUGUUUAAUUCUUGGUUUAACAUACUGUUUUUCAAUCUACAUAUUUUCACGAGAUAUAUACUACUAUUCAGCAUACAUUUGGAUUGGGACCAUUAGUGUUUAUUGUGUUCAGAUCUU